AUGAACUUCACCAAGAAAUUUGACCGUGCCUUCCAGUGGGCCGGUGAGAAAAUUGGCCAUGAGGCAAAAACUAGCCAUUCUGAUGAGUUUAGGAGUUUAGAGACUGAGAUGGCUCUGAGGCACGAGGGCUACGACCGUCUCCAGAAAUCCAUGAACGCGUAUGUCAAGUCGCUAUCUCGCCGGGGCGAAGCUUUCGAAGAUAAGGAGAAGGGUUUACCAGUUAGCUAUCUGGGUCGGACAAUGAUCAGCCAUGGCGAAGACUUUGAGCCAGACUCAGAGUUUGGCACUUCCUUGAUUGCUAUGGGUGGAGCCAACGAACGUAUUGCUGGGAUCCAGGAGACAUAUAUUGCCCACGCCACGUCGAACUGGUUAGAAGGUUUGGAGCGUUCAUUGGCAAUGAUGAAGGAAUAUCAGUCCGCUCGCAAAAAGCUUGAGCAUCGUCGUCUUACAUACGACUCGAGCAUGGCUAAGAUGCAAAAGGCCAAAAAGGAGGAUUUUCGGCUUGACGAGGAACUUCGAACAGCGAAGGCCAAAUACGAAGAAUCCUCUGAGGACGUUCUACGCCGCAUGCAGGAUAUUAAGGAGGCGGAAGCUGAUUCAGUUCGUGACUUAACAAGUUUCCUCGAUUGCGAACUCGAUUAUUAUGAGCGGUGCGCCGAAGAGCUUCGGCGAGUGAAACAGGAGUGGGUUGCUGGCUCAACCCAGGUGCCAGAUUCACGUUCUCGGAUAUCCAACAGAAAUAACAGCACGGAUCGCACUGAGCGAUGGGCGAGCCGGCAGGAUACCUACGGACAGGACGACCCAACACCCGAACCUGUACGCAUGCCUAUUCGCUCCAGCCCAUUUCGUAGCAAUGAAGCUGUUACUUCUGAAGUACGACCAAGUAUCAGUCGCUCUACUACUCAUGAUUCAGGCUCUGCACCAAGACGACCUUCGACCAGAGAGCCUCUUCCUCCUCCAUCCGAGGUGGUACGGAGGACACCUACAGCACCAGCAGUAGAAAGCCUCCGCAACAAUCUACGACCAGUCAGCAAAAUCCAGACGAACCAAAACCUGAGCCCUGAUGUGUACGUAGAUGAUUACGACACAACAACUAGUAGUGGAAGCCCAGAGUAUGACCGAAGUGAGAGUCCUGCAACAAGUUAUGGAAGUCUCAGUCGCAGCGCAAGCAACAAUGGUUUGCGUACGAUAGCUACAACAGGAACUGUGAAGAAGGCUCCUCCUCCACCGCCACCAAGCAGAGCUAAGAAGCCACCGCCACCUGUCCCCGCAAGAAGAGAGGGAGGGUACUAA